AUGGCCUCCCUGCUGAGCUAUGUCUCCAAGUUCAAGUCCUUCCUGAUCUUGUUCCUCACCCCGAUACUGCUGCUGCCACUCGUCAUUCUGAUGCCCGCCAAGUUUGUCAGGUGUGCCUACGUCAUCAUCCUCAUGGCCGUCUACUGGUGCACCGAGGUCAUCCCUCUGGCAGUCACUUCCCUCAUGCCCGCCUUCCUGUUCCCGCUCUUGAAGAUUCUGGACUCCAAGCAGGUGUGUGUCCAGUACAUGAAGGACACAAACAUGCUGUUCCUGGGCGGCCUCAUCAUAGCGGUGGCUGUGGAGCACUGGAACCUGCACAAGAGGAUAGCCCUGCGGACGCUCCUCUGGGUGGGGGCCAAGCCUGCACAGCUGAUGCUGGGCUUCAUGGGUGUCACAGCUUUUCUGUCCAUGUGGAUCAGCAACACGGCUGCCACAGCCAUGAUGGUGCCCAUCGUGGAGGCCAUGCUGCAGCAGAUGGAGGCCACCACCGCCGCUGCUGAGGCCAGCCUGGGAGCCCUGGAGCUGGCAGACAAGGGCAAGGCGGGCACGCUGCCAGGGAGUCAAGUGACCUUCGAAGGCCCCCCUGAGGGCAGGCAGGCUGACAGCGACAGGAGGAGCUUGUGCAAGGCCAUGACUCUGUGCGUGUGCUACGCGGCCAGCAUCGGGGGCACUGCCACGCUGACGGGCACGGGACCCAACAUGGUGCUUCUGGGCCAGAUGCACGAGCUGUUCCCUGCCAGCAAAGACCUGGUGAACUUCGCCUCUUGGUUCGGGUUUGCCUUCCCCAACAUGCUGUUGAUGCUGCUGCUGGCCUGGCUGUGGAUCCAGUGCGUGUUCAUGAGGCUGAGCUUCAAGAAGUCCUGGGGCUGUGGGCUGGAGAGCAGGAACCACGAGAAGGCCGCUUACGAGGUGCUGCGGGAGGAGUACAGGAAGCUGGGACCCUUCUCCUUCGCCGAGGCCAACGUCUUGCUCUGCUUCGUCCUGCUGGUCGGCCUGUGGUUCUCCCGGGACCCCGGCUUCAUGCCUGGCUGGGUGUCGCUGGCCUGGAAAGAGGGCGAGACGAAGUAUGUGUCUGACGCCACUGUGGCCACUUUCGUGGCCACCUUGCUGUUUGUCGUGCCUUCGCAGAAGCCCCAGUUCAGCUUCCGCGGCCAGACCGAGGAGGAAAGGAAAGCUCCGUUUUACCCCCCUGCGCUGUUGACCUGGAAGGUGAUCCAGGAGAAAGUGCCCUGGGGCAUCGUGUUGUUGCUGGGGGGCGGCUUUGCCCUGGCCAAAGGAUGUGAGGCCUCGGGACUGUCUGAGUGGAUGGGGAAGCAGAUGGAGCCCUUGCGCUCUGUGUCCCCCACAGCCGUCACCUUGAUCCUGUCCCUGCUUGUCGCCGUGUUCACUGAGUGCACAAGCAACGUGGCCACCACCACCCUGUUCCUGCCCAUCUUUGCCUCCAUGUCCCGUACCAUCGGCCUCAACCCGCUCUACGUCAUGCUGCCCUGCACACUGAGCGCGUCCUUUGCCUUCAUGCUGCCUGUGGCCACCCCGCCCAACGCCAUCGUGUUUGCCUACGGACAUCUCAAGGUUUCAGACAUGGUGAAAACGGGACUCAUGAUGAACGUAAUUGGAGUCCUCUGCGUGUUUCUGGCGGUGAACACCUGGGGACGGGUCAUUUUUGACUUGGAUCAUUUCCCUGACUGGGCUAACGUGACCAACAUUGAGACCUAGGGAGAGACGCACAGCACAGCCUGGCCCACCGCCCCGCCCCCGCCCUCCUGAGG